GGGUGCGCACGCAGGCGCUGGCGGGCGGACGCGCAGGCGUACAGCGCGGGCCGGCCUGGUUGCCAUGGGAGCGCAGCUGCGGCCCGGGCCUUGGGCAGAGGCAGCCCGGGCUGCUCCUUUGCUGCCCUCGCCUCAGAGGCCCGGGGUGGGGGCGGCUGGACCGAGACCCCUCCGAAGGUAGGGGAGGCCGACAUCGCAGCGGCCCGCCUGCUCGCCUCCGCGGCGCUCUGUGACCCCGCGCGGCCUCGAUCUUCAGGAGGCACCCGGGGCGGAGGCUCCCUGACACCUGGCCUGGCCUUGGAGGGACGCGGCCAGCGCCUGCCUGCUCCAGGCCUCCCAGCAGCGUAUCUUAGCCUCAGUGUCCGGAAUCGGGUUCGAGACCCGCCUUGUCCUCUUCUGCAUGCGAUACUAAACGGGACCAAUUGCCACGAGACUAAAGACUCUAGCUCUGGCUCCAGAACUCUUCCCUGCUCUUCUGAACAGCCAGUGUGUGCAGAAUGCCCCACAAGAUUGGAUUUGUAGUGGUCAGCUCCUCUGGACAUGAAGAUGGCUUCAGUGCCCGGGAACUAAUGAUCCACGCACCGACUGUCAGUGGGUGGAGGUCACCCAAAUUCUGCCAGUUCCCACAAGAGAUCGUUCUCCAGAUGGUAGAGAGAUGUCGAGUAAGGAAGCUGCAGUUACUUGCUCACCAGUACAUGAUCUCCAGUAAAGUUGAGUUCUACAUCAGUGAAAGCUUGCCUGAGUACUUGGUGCCAUACCAAGCAGAGCGGUUCCGCAGACUGGGCUAUGUCUCUCUCUGUGAUAAUGAAAAGACAGGCUGUAAAGCCCGGGAACUCAAGUCUGUUUAUGUGGACGCUGUGGGGCAGUUCCUUAAACUGAUUUUUCACCAAAACCAUGCCAACAAGUACAACAUAUAUAAUCAGGUGGCUUUGGUUGCAAUAAAUAUCAUUGGAGACCCUGCAGAUUUGGGUGAUGAGAGCAAUAUUACCUCUAGGGAGAAGCUGAUUGACCACUACCUGGGCCACAGUCCCCACAAUCCUGAGGACCCUGCUCUAGAUGGAACUUUUGCUGGGAGAUCUGACUACAUCUCUCCACUUGAUGAUUUGGCGUUUGACAUGUACCAAGACCCUGAAGUUGCCCAGAUCAUCCGCAGGCUGGAUGAAAGGAAACGGGAAGCUGUCAAGAAGGAGCGCUAUGACCACGCAAAGAAACUGAAGCAAGCGAUCGCUGACUUGCAGAAGGUCGGCGAGCGCCUCGGACGCUAUGAGGUGGAGAAGCGCUGUGCAGUGGAGAAGGAAGACUACGACCUGGCCAAGGAGAAGAAGCAGCAGAUGGCUCGCUACCGUGCCCAGGUGUAUGAGCAGCUGGAACUGCACGGCCUUCUGCAGGGCGAGCCAGAGAUACAGAGGCCGUUCGCUUUACCCCUCCAGCCCCUUGCAUCUCCCAGCAGUCCUCAGCACUGGAAGGCAGUGUCCUCACUCCCUCGCACAGAAGAGCUGGUAGCUGAAGACACAUUUGCUGGCCCCGUCCUCCAGGAGAAGCCCUUGGCAUCUUCUCCUCAGCACUCAGCAGUAGAUCAGUCCCCACCUGCUGCAGGCCCUGGCCCUAGGAACCAUAUGGAAGUCUUGCCCUAUGAUGAACGGCCUCUUCCUGUUACUCGAAAGCAGUUGGGGGAAGCAUCCGCAGAGCCAGAAGUGAGAGAGGCAGACAGUGAUGUCCGGAGACGGGGUGUCUCAGGGGACCCAGAGCCCUUGACAGAGAAGGCCUUGAGAGAAGCCAGCUCUGCCAUCGACACCUUAGGAGAAGCCUUGGUGGCAGGGGCCUAUUCUAAGACGUGGUCCUGCCGAGAAGACGCGCUGCUGGCAUUGUACAAGAAGCUGAUGGAGAUGCCUGUUGGAACCCAGAAAGAAGAUUUGAAAAACAUGCUCCGAGCGUCUGUCUUUCUCAUCAGAAGAGCCAUAAAGGACAUUGUGACCUCAGUCUUUCAGGCUUCAUUGAAAUUGCUGAAAAUGAUAAUUACACAGUAUAUUCCCAAGCACAAGCUGAGCAAACUUGACACGACGCACUGUGUGGAGAGAGCUGUCCCCCUUCUACUCGCUAGAACCGGAGACUCCUCUGCCCGCCUCCGUGUCAUGGCCUUGAAUUUCAUCCAGGAAAUGGCCUUGUUUAAGGAGGUGAAGUCUCUCCAGCUCAUUCCGUCUUACUUGGUGCAGCCACUGAAGGCCAAUGCUUCUGUUCAUCUGGCAAUGAGCCAGGUGGACCUCCUGUCCCGGCUGCUCAGAGACCUGGGUACUGAGAGCUCAGGCUUCACCGUGGACAAUGUGAUGAAGUUUGCAGUGAGCGCCCUGGAGCACAGGGUGUACGAGGUACGAGAGACAGCAGUCAGAAUCAUCCUGGACAUGUACAGACAGCACCCAGCCCUCACCCUGGAGCACCUUCCUCCAGACGACAGCACCACACGCAGGAACCUUCUCUACAAAGCCAUUUUUGAGGGGUUUGCUAAGAUAGACGGCAGGCCAACCGAGGCUGAGGCAAGGGCCCAGAAAAGAGUAGCCACAAAAGAAGCAGAAAAGCAAACGAAAGAAGAGCUGAGGGCUCUGCAGGGCCAGUCAGCAGAGCCGAGAGAGGCCCAGGCUGGAGUCCAGGAGAAGGAGAACGAGGCGUUGAAGAUCAAGAAUCAAGAUUCUCAAGGAAGAAAAGCUGCCCCACCUGACACUCCAGAAAUCCCAGACAACCACUAUUUGGAUAAUCUGUGUAUCUUUUGUGGGGAGAGGAACGAAUCCUUCACAGAAGAGGGCCUGGACCUCCACUACUGGAAACACUGCCUCAUGCUGACCAGAUGCGACCACUGCAGGCAGGUGGUUGAGAUUUCUAGCCUGACAGAACACCUGCUGACAGAGUGUGACAAAAGGGAUGGAUUUGGGAAGUGCCCCCGCUGCAGCGAGGCCAUCCCCAAGGAGGAGCUUCCUGGGCACAUCAAAACUAAGGAGUGCAACCCUGCCAAAUCGGAGAAGGUGGCAAACCGCUGUCCCCUGUGUCAUGAGAACUUUGCUCCUGGAGAAGAGGCAUGGAAGGUUCAUCUGAUGGGCCCUGCUGGCUGCACAAUGAACCUGCGCAAAACACAUGUUCUCUAUAAGGCUACAGCCCCACAGCAAGGGAAAGGCCCAGCAGCAUCAAAGUCAAGCACCUCAGCACCCAAGGUUGGAAGCAAGAUCCCCACCCCAAAGGGAGGCCUUAGUAAGAGCUCCAGCAGGACCUACACGAGACGGUGACAGAGCUUUCAGUUCCGUCUCUGACGGGCUGUGCAAGGUUCCCCAUUCUAAGCCAUGUGUGUGGGCAUGGUGAUGCAGGGCUCUGUGCCCACUGUCCCUUGGCCGCUUGCGUCCCAGUGUCUACUCUCACAGGAACAGUACAUGAUAUGACCAAAGAGCCCCUAGCAAUGUGGCCCCAGUUCUGAGCCACCACAGGCACAGCACCCACCCCCACUGAGGAGACACACCCUAACCUGGAGCUCACUGGUGUCUGCACACGUCACAUCAGGCUUUGCCCAGGGCUAAGCUCAGCUUUGGUGGCCCGAGAAGACCGCAGCCAGCCACGCUGAGCCUGCUGUGCCGUCUCCCAUGAUCCUGUCUGCCAGGGUGUCACACCAUAUACAGCAACAAGCAAUAAAGGAAAUCAAGCAAAAGACAGCCACUCUAAGAGCAGGUCCCUCCCAUGCACUCUGCCCGAUGCUCCCUGUGUGCACCUGUCCCUAUGGUCCCACUCAGCCCUGCCUAGAUGCCUUCCCUCAGUGAGUGCAGACUAGACUCUGCUGCAGAGUCCUCAGUUUUCUUUAUGGCAAAAUGAACACCGUCCACAUUUGCCUAGGCCACAAAGACAAGUCGCAAGGUGCAGACCUUGCCGGCCCAGAGCCUCCGAAUCAGUUCUGUCACGUCCUGUGAUGUUACUGAACCCACGUUCCCAAGUCCUUCAUAAAGCCCACUCACAAGUGCUUCACUGAACAGUGACAGCAUCAGCAGCUCACCCUCCCGGAAAUGCCCAUGUCCUCGUCCCUCCUGUCACUGGAGGAUGGGCCUACACUGUUCCUGCUUCCUGAGGUUUUCCCGAUGUCCCUUUGAAAUGUCUAGGAUUGAGAAAAUCAGUAUUAUAAAAUUAGGGCAUAUUUCUUUAAAAUCCCCAACCAUGUGAAACAAAAUCCAUAAAAAUGUACAUGUGCCCAUGCAGCAAGCACCCUGGGUAUUAACCCCAUGGACUCACCCCUGCUCUCAGCAAACAGCUCCUACUAUGCUUGGCUCAGAGUAUCAAGUGGAACAGAAUCUGUGGAGAGGAGGAUCCUGUCAGUGGCCUUUAGCGUGGUGAGAGAUCAGGGUAUGACUGAGAAAGCAAAGCACAGAUGCCAGGGGAUGAUAAGGUGGUCCUUCAGGUCAGAGAUGCCGGCGUUGUCUCCUAACCCGCCUUAACAUACAGACAAUAAUGGAAAGUUAACCUCAGAACUAGAACACAGGUAGAUAUCUGUAAUGUCUUCUAUCUGUUGUAACCUUGAGACACUGUAAAAACCCUUCAUUUUUAGCCUGGCGUGGUGGCUCACAUCUGUGCUCCUAGCACUUGGGAGGCUGAACUUAGAAGCUCACCACAAGUUCAAGGGAAGCCUGAGCUACAGAGUGAGACUCUGGCUCAAAAUUAAAACAGGACAAAAAGGAUUCCUUCAUUUUUAGCUCUCAUGUUUUGCCUAUUACAGAAUCAUGAGUUUCUGCAGAGGUGACUGGCAGUAUUGGCAGCCACAAAGCUCCAACAUCACUGUGCUUGGUUCAGGGAAGGAGCUACGUACCCCCAGCCAUUCAUAAUAUCUAAGUGGAACACUCCUCAAAUCUUCACGUAUGCUACAUUGUGGAUAUUUAAUAUUUAUUUAUAUUAUUUUCAUAAAAGAUUCUAUUUAAUUUAAAAGAAUUGUGUCAUAUCUGAUACUAGAAUACAAAUGUAAAUACCUUUAAUGAAAAUUUGCAACUUUUUAAUGUUUUAACAUAGUUUUCUAUUUGUCUUUAUUUCAGGUAUAGAAUAAUAUAUUUUUAUUGUUGCUGUUUGAGGGUAUAUGUGCUAAUUUGCCUUGAGUAUACUAAUACAGUAAAGAUCAUUCAGCACCUUGUCA